AUGGCCAAUUUCAUGCUAACAAUGGCUUGCAAAACUCCUGAAAAUCUUAACAGUUAUCUCAUUAGAGCCAAUUCAUAUGCUGAAACCAUAAUCCCCAGUGCAAUGGUAUUUGGAGCUAGGGCUUUUGGGAGAUUGCUGGCAGCAUAUAAUAGUCUUACCGAUAAACACCUGACUGGAUAUUUCAACAACACAAGGAUAAGGCAGCAUCUCUUAAGAUCAGGCCUGAUCACAAGAAGUGGAAGGAUACUUUCUGAAAAAGAAUACAAACUAAAUAUCAUGAAGAAGGAUCACCAAAAAUAUAUCCGGGAGUGCCUAGCUCAGGCUAUUUUCCAUAAAGUUCUUGAUAUGGAGCGUUAUCAUCAGCUUGAAAUAAAAAGAAAACUGGAGACCUUAGCUAGGAAGGAGCGAAUUCAGAGAUUUAAGGGAGAACCCACAAGAUGGUCUGUAGAAAACAACAUGCCAGUCCUGUCUCCCCACCCACCAGCUGGCCCGAAAACUAACCGUGGCCAUAGUGUCCUGGUUGAUGAAGGACAUUCCAGUCCAGGAACACUGACAGCCCCUCGACCAUACACUGCCCCAGGAAAUAUGCAGCCUCCAAUUCGAUUAAAGCCUCUUCCCAGUAAUCCUGUGGUGGGAACUGUUCCCAAGAUAACUUCGGGAUCCAGAUCGAAAACCUCAUUGCUGGAAAAUGAAGCUCCAUUUCCCAUUGGGGGCAAGAAGGCAGUGAUGAAGUUCAAGAACUCCAUGGACAAUUCACAGGGAGUGAAUCGCUAUCAACUUCCAAACAUUAACAAUUACAUGAUGCCUAUUCCUCCUCCACCUCCUCCCCCCAGUGGAAGAAUCACGAGGGAAAAUAGACUUGAAUCAUGGAGAAGGAGAAGAUUCCGUCCAACCACUGCUCCAAAUGGCUUAGAUCCUCUCUUUACCAGGGAUUCAAGAAAGAUUCAUAAAACACCACCACAUAGUAAUGCAGCUAUUACAAUGAUCUAUUUGGGGAAAACUGUGCACCUGUCUCAUGAUCACCCAGACUUCCGGGAUGAAAUAAAAGUUUAUCAACAGCAUUGUGGUGGGGAAAACCUUUGUGUCUACAAAGGCAAACUACUAGAAAAAGAGACCUUUCAGUUUAUUUCCAAAAGGCACCAUGGUUUCCCCUUCAGUCUCACCUUUUUCCUGAAUGGGAUGCAGGUGAACAGGUUAAGCUCCUGCUGUGAAUAUAAGCAUCGAAAAGGUUCCAGACUUGGAGGCAAACGAGGCUACUUUGGGUUUGUGUGCGUGGAGAGAUCAUCUCCUUGCUACAAGUGCAUUAUUGCAAUGGGCCUUGACAAAAAUCCAACUUCACCAAAACCUAGGAAAGAGAAGAGUAUUGAGAAAAGAGAAGAACUGAAGAAGGGUGAGGGGAAACUGAGGAAGGGUAGAGGGCACAUGAUACCAAGAAGGAGUGAGAUGGAGGGGAACAAAACCACUUCAGUCAUUUUUUCAGCUCAAGAAGAAAAAACAGGGAUUGUGGAAGUGAGGACAGCUGUGGAAGAAAUGGAACUUAAAGGAAAACUGGGACAAGAUGUUUGGGAGGAUGCCCAGGAAAAUGUAUUUAAAUAUGAAUAUGAAGAAGAUUUUGAAGUAGACGAGGAGAAACAAGAUGAGAAAGCUAAUGAAGAAGGACAGGCUGAUGACCAAAUGACUGGGAUGUCAAAGUCACCCUCAGAUGAUGAAAAAGACCAUUUAGACCCUGAAAAGGAGAGUGAAACCUCGUCGCAAAAGGCAGCAGAUGCUGACGACAAUGUAAAAGAUGAAGGUGAUGGGUGCUCUGACAGUGAGUUGGAGGAGGAUAAACAAGGUAUAAAGACUGCUUCAUCCUCCACCUCCAGAAGUCACCCAUGUUCUAGUUGCAGUGAUGAAUCUGCCCUGGGAGAUAGAGGAGCCCACACUGGAAACAGUCCGAACAGAAGGGCCAGGAGUUCAUCUUCCCAGGAGCUGAGUGAAAGUGAUGAGCCAGGAAAAUCCCAGCUUCCAAUGGAGGAUUAUUUAGAAGUUGAAAUCGAAGACCAAGAAAUCGUAACAGCGGAUGUAGAGACCAAGCCUCUGCCCAUAGAGGAACACUUGGAGAAUGUUCUUGAAGAAGAAACGGAGAAAGGAACACAAGUGAUUGCUGAGGGCUUGUCUGAGAAGUCCAGGGAACAUCUUUCCACAGAAGAAAAAGAAAAGGAUAAGAGUGAGCUUUGGGAAGGAAGCACUGCUAAGGUGGAGGACAAAAAGGCAGGUCCCCGUAGGGUGGAAAAAGAUGGUAAGUAUGGCCAUUGAGUUGACCUGCCAUUGUUCCAUGCAUGGAAGCUAUUUGCACCACACAGGAAUUUCAUGUUGGAGGAAAUGGCAACACUCAGCUCAGACACAGAAUCCAACCAAGGUGUAUCAGACGUGUAUACACUGGAGAAGAAAGAGGCAGUGAAGGAAGGUGAACUUCCCCAGCACGGGGAUGCUGACACAAUGGAAGAGAAAGGGGAGGCAGCAAUGUGGGGAAAAGCAAGGGUUGACCAGGUUCCCUUGGGGGAGGGAAAGCCAACAGCAGAGCAGCCGGCAUUAAUAGAACAAUUUACAGAGGAAAGAGAGCUCCCUCAGGGCAGAGUGAGUGGGGCUGAGGCAGAAGCUGAAGGGGAAGAGAAGUUAAGCCCCAGAGGGAUAGAAGCCACCAGAGACUCUGGAGGUGUGAAUGAAGAUGAAGCUCUUGAAGAGGCAGCCUUGUUGCCAACAGUGCUGGAGACCGAGAAGGCAGCUGCUGAGGGGGAGUGGGGCUCCCAGAAAACAGUGCUUGCAAGUGAAGCAGCUCUGGACUCAGAGUGUAUGCAGGAGGCCACAGCCCUGAGGGAGGCAGAGGAGAGAGAGGCUGAGAGAGCGGAGGCCGUGAAUGCAGCAGGGUCUGGAAAGCCUGAGGUGGUGACUAGGGAAGAGCAAGCAUCUGCAGACCUAAAGGACCUGGGAGCCGCGGGAGAUGCUGCCUCUGAGAGAGAAGGUGGUUCAGCAGAGGCAAUGCUUGGGGGAGAAGAACAGGCCGAAGAGAGGAAGGCAGCCAUGGGACCAGGGACACCCUUGAGCUCCUCAGCUUCGGAGAAGGCUGAGGCAGCCUGGAUGGGGCUUUCGGAGAACAGCCUGGAUGAUGUGGAAAGGGAGGAGGUUGGGAUGGAGGCAGAAUCUAAUAAAGAAGAUGACAGGAAAGAAAUGCUACCCAGGGAAUUAGGUGUAGCAGAAGAAAGGAAGAAAGCUGAGAGGCCAGAAUCCCCUCUGGAGGAAACUGAAUCUGAGAGGGAAGAGGUGACAGGGGCAAAUGCAGGGCAGGGUGAGCAAAAGUUUAAAGGGGAACGGCAGGAAACCUCGAAGGAAGUGAGACCCGAGGAAGAGCCACAAGUCUCCCAGAAUGAAAUGGAGUGUGAUGCAGAGGGUGAAGCCCCCAUCACGGGGUUGGAGUUGACUGAAGACGUAGGGCUGCAAGGAGGAGAUUCACUAAGAGAGAUGGGGGGGACCAUGUUUGAGGGGGCACCUGGAUAUGAGGGGUCACUGGAAAACACAAGUGCUCUGAGCAAAGAGGAAGGAGAGGAAAGACUGAGAGAACCCCAGGACCCAGAGCACAAAGGCAGAGCAGAGCUGCUCCCCAGGGAGAACGGGGCUCCCUCGGGGCAGGACCAAGGGCCGGGCCCUGAGGGGAAGGGUGUGUUAGAAGCUCCUGAAACUGAACAAGCAGGAAAGGGGCAAGUGCCAGAGGCAGAGAUCACAGCCACGGGUGAGGCUCAGGAGCACGCAGCCGAAGAUCAAGAUAGCAUCUUGCGACUGGAAGCGGGGGAUGAAGAAGGGUCUUUGCGAAGGCAGCAAGGAGCAGGGGUCACAGCGAUGACCCAAGAAGAUGUUUCUGAGGAAGAUUCCAUGAUGGCACAAAAGCUGAGUGAAGAAGCUAUGGAUGAGGAGGCAGAUAAAGAGUGCAUUCCGAUGACAGGAGUGAGGAGGCACGGAGACACAGAGGGGGAUGGGAGCUGGCAAGUGGGAGCUGUGGUGGCUGAGGAAGUUCUCCACCAAGAAGACGACGGGGCAGGAACGGCUGCAGAGCAGAGGGAGGUGUUGGCAGAUUUGAAGACAGCUGAGGGGAAAACAGAGGCAAAUAAAGCCUCCUCCCUGUCAGAUGUUGCUGGCAAGGAAACUUGGCACGAAGUGGAGGGGUUACUAGGGAAACCGACAGCUGCUGAGAAGGUGGUGGCAGAGGAAAGAGCUCCGAGCAGGGAGGAGGUGCCGGGGACUUGGGUACCAGAGGCUGAGGUGGGGGCUCCACAAGAACCUUCACACCGGGGAGGGAUGACCCCACAGCUAGGGCAGGAUCCAGAGGGCCGGGGAGUCGAAACCAUGCAGCGGGCAGAGUCUGUGGGAGAGGAGGCUGGCCAGGGGAGCUGUGAAGACGGGCAAGAGUUGGGUGCAGCUCAAGAAUUCAGCCCAGGAGUGUCCCGAGGGAGAGAGUCAGAGCCUAGGAGAGAGAGUCUACAGGGCCCGCAAACGCUCCCUGUAAAACCUGAUUACACGGAAAGCCAAGAGAGCCAAGAGCUUACAGUGCAGAGAGAAAAGGAGAACGUGCAAAUGCAGAUGCCUCCUUGA